UUCUUCCUGUUUCGACGGAUUUUGUUUGGCUUUUGCAUGACUCCAACUUGCAAAACAUCCCCGUUUGACGGAAAAUCCGAGUGUUUGCACUGUCGCGCUGUGUAACGACCACCUUUACGAAGGCGUCUAUCAUCGCAACGCUACGGAAAAAUGGCAGCGACUUCGGUGUUUCAGAGAGUAAGAACGGGCUCGAAGAUUGGUGCCCAGUAUGAUCAAGACGGAAACCUCAUCCAAGUGGAGACCCGAGAAGACGAGGAGCAGAACGUCAAACUCACCGAGAUCCUGGAACUCCUGCUCGCCGCCGGUUACUUCAGAGCCCGCAUCAAGGGCCUGUCACCCUUCGACAAGGUGGUAGGCGGCAUGACGUGGUGCAUCACGACGUGCAACUUCGACGUGGACGUGGACCUGCUCUUCCAGGAGAACUCCACCAUCGGCCAGAAGAUUGCCCUCACAGAGAAGAUCGUGUCCGUCCUGCCCAGGAUGAAGUGCCCCUUCCGGCUGGAGCCCCACCAGAUCCAGGGGCUGGACUUCAUCCACAUCUUCCCCGUGGUGCAGUGGCUCGUCAAGCGGGCCAUCGAGACGCGGGAGGAGAUGGGCGACUAUGUGCGCGCGUACUCCGUCUCGCAGUUCCAGAAGUCCCACAGCCUGCCGCAGGACGAGGCGUUCACGCAGCGGAAGCCGCGGGCGGUGAAGACGGUGCGGGAGGUGGGCGACGUCUACAAGCCGCAGAGACGCUACAAGAGGCAGCAGCACCAGCAGGAGCAGGGGCAACAGCUUCUGGAUGAGGAGUCCCAGGUGCACUCCACAUUGCUGGAAUAUGGACGUCGCUAUGGCUACAGUAAGCAGCAGGCGCCUAGCAACAAGGAGGACAAGAACCUGGCCAAGGUGCUGGGAGGCGGAGCUCCAUCAUCGGGGGCAACAGGCGAGGAGGCGGGGCAGGAGCAGGAGGAUGAGGCGCGGGCGGAGGAGGAGGAGGAGAGGCGUAUCCGGGCAUUGAUGAGCAGCAUGGCGUCCAUGGCGACGGAGGAGGGGGCGGGGCGGCUGACGGCGAGCGCGGUGGGCCAGAUCGUGGGUCUACGCUCGGAGGAGAUCAAACAGAUGGCCACCGAGUACGCGGAGAGGGCAGAGAGGCUGGCCGACCAGACAGACCAGGGGGCAGGGCAUCAUCGGCGUACAGUGGCGUCGCUGGGUAAGCAGAUUCAGCAGCGUACUCGAGAGCUGGAGGACAUGACGUUACGCCGACGUGACACACAGGAGGCACACGACCAGGCCAGGAAGAAACUGGACGACGUUUCCGAGACGACGGCCCGGCUGAGGGCGGAGCUUGGCCGACUGGAGUCAGACAGGGGGGAGGAGUCAGAGGAGUUGCUCAGCAGCCUGAGGGAACUGGUAGCCACCAACGAGGCACUCAAGGCCCAGGAGCAGGAGUUCCGUCAGCAGUGUCGCCAGGAGAUGACCCAGCUGCAGCAGAAGAUCCAGGAGCUGCGGCAGGAGGCCGGUCACCACGACGAGGAGGAGGAGGACGCUACCGACGGCAACGACAACAAAGAUGGCGGCGGUGAGGAUGGCAGCAGCAGCGACAACAAGGAGCAGCGGCGACGCGUUGAGAUGCAGCACCGCGCAGACAAGGAGAAGCUACAGCGCAUUCGGCUACUCAUGGCACGACGCAGCCGCGAAAUCAGCGUGCUCCAGCGCAAGAUGGACGAGAUCCCGAGCCGGGCGGAGCUGACGCAGUACCAGAAGCGCUUCGUGGAGCUCUACGGUCAGGUGUCAGCCACACACAAGGAGACCAAGCAGUUCUUCACCCUCUACAACACGCUGGAUGACAAGAAGGUCUACCUUGAGAAGGAGGUGAGCUUGCUGAACUCCAUCCAUGAUAACUUCCAGGCGGCCAUGUCUUCGUCGGGCGGCAGAGAGCAGUUCCUCAGGCAGAUGGAGCAGAUCGUAGAGGGCAUCAAGCAGAGCAGACUGAGGAACGAGAAACGCAAACAGGAAAGCAAGAUGCGUCGUGACCAGCUGAACGACCAGUACCUGGAACUGCUGGAUAAGCAGCGUCUCUACUUCAAGACGGUGAAGGACUUCAAAGAGGAGUGCCGCAAAAACGAGAUGCUCCUCUCCAAGUUCCGUGCCAAAGGAGCGUCCUAAGGACACACACACACACACACACACACACACACACACACACACACACACACACACACACAAACACACACACACACACAAGGAGAAGUGCCGCAAGAAUGGGCAAAUCCAUAUACGUAUGCACAGUCACACCCUCUUCAGUGCACUGUGUACAUGAAUGAACGCUGGACACCGUGGAUAAGUGCAUAAGAUGUCCAGAGAUCUUUACCAUAUGUCUUAUAACACGUCAUAGCCUCACGUUGUCUGCAUUAUCACUAACGGUCUGACAUUGUGUGUGUGUGUGUGUGUGCGUGUGUGAGGGCAUGCUUGCAUUUUAUUGCUCGAAUGUUUACCAUUGACCGCACACACACACCUUUGCAUUAACAAGCUAGACUUUGUGUAGCAAUACAUUUGAAGAUAAUAAAGCAUAUUUAAUUAAAAAUUGAAAUUGAAAAAUAAUUCUACACAGACAUUAACUUUUGAGUAGUAAUACAUGAAAGAUGAAGAAUUAAAAAAAAAAUGAAUUUGAAUGAAUGAAUUUAUACAACAACAUGACACCAAUCAUGCCUUUUUUUGCUAAUUGUUUGGUAAACGUUGAAGUUUGUCCAGCCAAAAUCAGUGUUAAAUUGUUUUGUAUCAUACUGUAUACUUCAGUGCACUUACCAUGUUGAUAAUCGAUAAGUCUGUUAUGUGAUUCCAUGGACUAAUGAAUAUUGACUAAUAAAUAAUUUCUAUAUCA